GUUGGAGCAUCUUCGAGGAGGUCAUCCUGGCAUGUUUAGAGACAGCCGCUGCAGCAUGUUUUAGGUGGAGACAGCGCAGCCCGGCGGCAGCCCAGCAGCAGCAGCCCAGCAGCAGCCAAACCAGCAGCAGCCAACGAGCAGCCAAGCAGCAGCCAAGCAGCAAGCAGCCCAGCAGCACAGGCAGGGAGCAGCCAAGGAGAGCAAGGAGCAGCCAACGAGCAGCCAACGAGCAGCCAACGAGCAGCCAACGAGCAGCCAACGAGCAGAAGGUUGCAGGAGCAACCCAGCAGCAAACCAGCAUCAGCCAACGAGCAGCCAAUGAGCAGCCAACGAGCAGCCAAGCAGAAGCGAAGCAGCAGCCCACCACAGGCGGGGAGGAGCACAAGGGGCAGCCAAGGAGCAGCCAAGGAACAGCCAAGGCGCAAGGAGCGCCAAGCAGCAGCAGGCAAGCAGCCAGCCAAAACCUGGGAGAUCCACGGGGGGUUUGGAGAUCCACUGGUUUGGAGACCCACUGGUUUCGGGAUCCACUGGGUUCCCCGGCACCAGCACCACCGGUGCAUUCCUCUUCGACAGCGAGCAUGCCGGGGGUGACGUCGUUGAGGUUGGUGAGACAGUGCUCGCACUGCGUUCAAAACGCACAAUUCACGAUCCACCUGAUGGAGAUCAUGCAGUCCACAUGCUGGAAAUUCCACAAGACUCGUGUGCUUACUGAAUGCUGCCGAGUGCAAUGCAGAAGGCAGAUCAGUGUUUUGGACCGCGACUUGUACGGUGAACCUUUACCCGCCCGCGGGAGCCCUGCUCGUGUCGUCGUGACACUUCCGGUUCUUUUCUCUGAUUUGUUUUGUGGGUUUCGGCGGCAUGCCGAGUACGCUCUGACAAGUUUGGCCCGCUGGUUUGGAGAUCCACCCGGUUCUGGCUUGAUUGGAGAUCCACGGGAGAUCCGCUGGCUGGGAGAUCCACUGGUUUGGAGAUCCACUGGUUUGGCCCGCUGGUUUGGAGAUCCGCCCGGUUCUGGCUUGAUUGGAGAUCCCAAUGCCGGCGUGGGGAUCCACUGGUUUGGAGAUCCACUGGCCGGACACGCGGCCGUGGACGUGGAGAUGGGAAGGGUAAAGGACGUGGUCGUGGCCCUGGAGAUGAUGGCCAAGAUGACGAGGAUUGGCAACGCAAGACAGUACUGUCCCUCAAUCCUUUGCAUUGAUAUGAGCAUGGCUUUGCAGGACUGUGACUCGAACCGUGAAAUUCCUCUGCGGGUGGAAGACAAUGGAGUUUCCUCACACUACAUGCUGAGUCGCCGAGGUCUCCUGAUCCGCCCCCUGCCUGAGGGCCCUUUGCGUGAUGCAGCCUGCGCACAAUUCAAGUUCUUGGGCUGGUUGAUGGGCCACGCGCUCGUGGAUGGAUGCAUCCUUCCUAUGCCUCUUACUGAGGAAUUCUUCGCUUUGCUUUUGGGGCACAAAUUGAAUGCCAAGAGUCUGCCGCACCCAGGAGAUGGGUUGGCCGGCGAAGUUCUGGGUACAUUGGUGGAUUUUCCACAGCAUGUGCCAGGCCAGCAGAAGUGGGCUCUUGACGACUAUUUGAAGUUUAUGGGCGUCAGUUACUUGGAGACUGGGCUGGGUGGAACUGCCCUGUGUCCUGAUGGUGACAAUAUUCCAGUUACCGUGGACAAUGUGGAUGACUUCUUGGAGCAGGUCACGACGUUUUGGUUUGACACCGGGGUACGAGCACAGGACGACCGGUUGGCCAACAAAGAGUUGAAAAGGCCUGCGCAAACAACGCAAGUGCUGCAGCUCAUCGCCUUGGCUGCAGCUCUUUCUGUUUCGAAAGCAGAAGAAGGAGAAAAAACUGAUGCGGAUGGAUCCUUUUCUUUUGAAAUUAUUGUGAUCUAUACUCUUCUGGUUAUCUUUCUUACUCUGGUGGCGCAGCGUCUAUAUUGGAUGUUGCAGUACGGGGAGCCGAAUUCGUCAUACGACGGUGUGUUUUUCGAGCUCAACCUGGAAGUCACGCCGAUGAUGCUGUGGAGGAAAAUGAGCCAUCUCGAAGAGAUCGCCUUGAACCUUUGGUGGAAGAAAGUCCCACUGCCACGGGAGGAGAAGAUCCAGGACAUGUCGCUCCGCAACCAGCUCAAUAUUAUGAAGCCGAGUGAAGAGAGAUUGAACAGGAAGAGCGAUUGGUACGAGAGGAGGUUACUCAAGCUCUUCCAGGUGACCCUCGUCUCGGACCUCUUCAACCUCAAACUCUGCGACGCAGAGACCCAACGCCGACAUUACCAGAACUUCCCGUUAAGGAGCCAAAAGCGGAGCCGAGUCCAUCUUCUGCGCCGAGAACGCUUACACUUGCGGCGACUCCACUUGCAACU